AUAUUCUUCCCUUUGCUUUCUUGCUUUCUUAGGCAUGCUGCUUCUCCUUUUUUAAGGCAUUUUACUACUGGCUCUGACAUAAGGGUGGGGGUGAGUGCGAUUCUGGCAUGAAAGUAAGAGGGAAUGGUACUGGUUCUCUUCUGAUGUAAACAUGACAUGUAACAAAACCAAACCAAGUUGAAAUUAGACUUGCUGAAUCAUUCAAAACCUGCUACUCACUUUACUUGUCUACUUAAAAUAGGCAUAGAAAUUGAUCUGGUUUCUGUUGGUGAUAAGUUUCUACUAAUUCUUCAAGUUCAACCCCAUGGAUAAGAGAGGGCAUGUUGCUUUCUUUUGUUUAGCUUUGUUCUUCUUGUGGACUUCAGCAGCUGCUUUGCUUUCUCCUAAAGGUGUCAACUAUGAAGUUCAAGCUUUGAUGAACAUUAAAAAUUCUCUGGUGGAUCCUCAUUCUGUCAUGGGUAAAUGGGAUGGGGAUGCUGUGGAUCCUUGCAACUGGGCUAUGGUCACUUGUUCCCCUGAUCAUUUUGUGAUUGCCCUUGGGAUUCCAAGCCAGAAUUUAUCUGGUACUCUCUCAUCAAGCAUAGGCUCCUUAACAAACCUCCAAUCUGUGUUGCUGCAGGACAAUCAUAUAUCAGGACCAAUCCCCUCUGAGAUUGGGAGGCUCCAAAAGCUUCAGACUCUUGAUCUUUCUGAUAACUUCUUCACCGGUCAGCUUCCAGAUUCUCUGUCCCAUAUGAAGGGCCUCCUUUAUUUGCGGCUAAACAAUAAUAGUUUAUCAGGACCAAUUCCUUUCUCUGUGGCUAACAUGACCCAGCUUGCAUUUUUGGAUAUCUCUAAUAAUAACCUGAGUGGACCUGUACCAAGAAUAAAUGCAAAAACAUUCAAUAUUGGAGGUAACCCUCAGAUAUGUGCUCCUGGAGUUGAGCAAAACUGCUCUAGAACAACAUUGAUUUCUUCUGCUAUGAAUAACUCUAAAGAUUCACAAUCCUCCAAUAGACCAAAGAGUCACAAAGUUGCCUUGGCGUUUGCUUCAACCCUGAGCUGCAUCUGCUUACUAAUUCUUGGUUUUGGCUUCCUCCUCUGGUGGAGACAAAGAUACAGCAAGCAAAUAUUCUUUGAUGUUAAUGAACAACACCGCGAAGAGGUUUGCCUUGGAAACCUCAAGAAGUUCCAUUUCAGAGAACUUCAGAUUGCUACAAAUAACUUCAGCAGCAAGAACUUGGUUGGCAAAGGUGGUUUUGGAAACGUCUACAAAGGUUACCUUCCAGAUGGGACAGUUAUAGCAGUAAAAAGGCUUAGAGAUGGUAAUACCAUUGGUGGUCAGAUCCAAUUCGUGACUGAAGUAGAGAUGAUCAGCUUAGCCGUCCACCGGAAUCUUCUUCGCCUCUACGGAUUUUGUAUGACAGCUUCAGAGAGACUCUUGGUUUAUCCUUACAUGUCAAAUGGCAGUGUUGCUUCCCGCCUUAAAGCCAAGCCAUCUCUGGACUGGGCUACAAGGAAGAGGAUAGCUUUAGGAGCUGCAAGAGGCUUGCUAUAUUUGCAUGAGCAGUGUGACCCCAAGAUUAUCCACAGGGAUGUUAAGGCUGCAAAUAUCUUGCUUGAUGACUAUUGUGAGGCUGUGGUAGGAGAUUUUGGAUUGGCAAAGCUGUUGGACCACAGGGAUUCACAUGUGACAACAGCAGUGAGAGGAACUGUAGGUCAUAUAGCCCCUGAGUACCUCUCAACAGGCCAAUCCUCAGAGAAAACAGAUGUGUUUGGGUUUGGAAUUCUUCUACUUGAAUUGAUAUCUGGCCAAAGAGCCCUUGAAUUUGGGAAAGCAGCAAACCAGAAAGGAGCCAUCCUUGACUGGGUGAAGAAAACACAUCAAGAGAAGAAAUUUGACUUGUUAGUUGACAAGGACCUGAGAAACAAUUUUGAUAGGAUUGAGCUAGAGGAAAUUGUUCAAGUGGCUCUUUUAUGUACUCAGUACCUUCCAAAGCAUAGACCGAAGAUGUCUGAAGUAGUUAGGAUGCUUGAAGGAGAUGGUCUUGCAGAGAAAUGGGAAGUGACACAGAGAGCUGAAUCAACAAGGAGUAGAGGAAAUGAACUAUCCUCUUCAGAGCGCUAUUCUGAUCUUACUGAUGACUCUUCAUUGCUUGCACAAGCCAUGGAACUUUCUGGACCAAGAUGACAUAUAAAGUGUAUGUGUGUGACAUUCAAGAUGAUAAAGAGCGGAAGAGAGAAAGUUACUUCAAAUGCAAGUUCUUGAGUUCAAGUGAAUUUGGUGUACAUUAGGCUUAACCAUAUGCUAGUUUCUGAUUGUACAGAAUCUGAUUGAAGACACUGACGUAUAGAUGAGUGUUAUGUGUUUUUCUAAAUUAUGGGAGACGAUUUUAAUCGAAGUGUCCUUCUUGGUCCUUCAACUUGUAAGAAUAACGCUCAUAAGAUAGAUAGAUUGUAUCCAAAACUGUUUAUAGUCUUGUGAGGCUUGAUUCAGUGAUAACACAUUGCUUAACUUA